GACUACGUGUGGCGGAGAGCUGGGGACGAGUACGACGGCUGGCGCAAGAGGCGGUCCCACGUGUGCUGGCCCACCGUCUACCUGAACGAGGGGACCUUCGGGCUCUUCCGGUGGCUCCUGCGGCACCGCAGCCGCGAGGGCCUCCUCCGCGGCGCCUCCGCCGACAUCGCGCUGCGGCGCGCGCUGAGGGGCCCCAGCGGCCCCGGCGCGCCGCCGGGCCUCCUGCCCCUGCUGCAGGACCUGCAGCUGCGGGAGCUGCUGCUGAGCUGGCUGGUGGAGCCCCUCCCGAGCCGCGGCGGAGCCGAGCCGCCUCGCCUGGGCCCCCGGCGCGAACGCGCCGGCCUCCGCGGCCUUCGAGGUGCGCUGGCUGCUGCGCGGGCCCUUCGGCGGGCCCUCCCGCCCUUCGGCUGGCGCCUCGGCGGGCGAGGCCGCGCGCGAGGCCGCCGCCGCCGCGGGCCCCUCGACGGGCCCUGCGGCGGGCGCUUCGGCGGGCGCUUCGGCGGGCCCUUCG